ACGUGCCAGCUGCCUGUCAGAGGUGUGAGAGGUCCUUGCCAACUGCCAAAGAAGCAAACCACCAAAUCUUCUUCAUUGGAGACGUUGGCACAUGCAGAAUGUGCAAAGUGUGGCACCCACAUCACAGACUGGCACCCACAGAGUGGCACCCACAGAGUGGCACCCACAGACUGGCACCCACAGAGUGGCACUCACAGAGUGGCACCCACAGACUGGCACUCACAGAGUGGCACCCACAGACUGGCACUCACAGAGUGGCACCCACAGAGUGGCACCCACAUCACAGAGUGGCACCCACAGAGUGGCACUCACAGAGUGGCACCCACAUCACAGAGUGGCACCCACAUCACAGAGUGGCACCCACAGAGUGGCACCCACAUCACAGAGUGGCACCCACAGAGUGGCACCCACAUGACAGAGUGGCACCCACAGAGUGGCACCCACAUGACAGAGUGGCACCCACAGAGUCUUAUGUUGUGACAAACAUGCUGGUCCUAUCUUUGCUGUGCAAAAGACUUGUCAAAUACGAUGAUGUCAUGUUUCAAUAUCUUCUUUUUGAUAAAAUGUGCUUUGUUCUGUGAACCUCAUUAUUAUUAUUAUUA